GUGCCAGACUCAGUGUUCCUGAUAACCUGAUAGUGACCGGUGUCUGUCUUGGAGCUCACUCUCACACACACAACUACCACACACACAUACACACACGACACACAUCCCGAGCGGCGACACCACAACGGCCACCUCAUGAUUGGCACCUUCUGGAACCUGUGCAGAGCCUGUCCCUCGAUGCCGGUAGACAAGCUGCACUCGGAGUACAGAAGCACUUAUCGUUGGCAUGAGUACACAGGCCCCAGACAAGAGAUCAUCCGCAAACCUCCACAGUCCCAGCCCCAAGGAGGAGCACCUGCACCCACGCCACGGGCUCCAGACGAAGACGCCCAGAGAGGAGACGCUGUCGAACAAUCGACAGGUCAGGCGCAGUCGAUUCGCAGCUGGCUGGUCGUGCACUCGCCGUUUGCGUGUUCCACUAGCACAUCAACCUCUCCAGGGCCGGGAGGAUUCGAACCGGCGCUUCCUCGCCGCAAGAAAAACCCGGCUUUGGCUUACAAGACGCAUGAGUUUCUGGCAAUGUCUGAUGGCGUCGGAUCCAACGAAUCCUUGGAUGCUAGCGUUGUCGUCGACCGUGCACGGUCUGAAGAAAGAAGUGGAACUCGAGCGCGGGGCCUUUCUCGCCGAAGCAAAUCAGAAGGACCUCCAGGAGAAUCUGAGUACCGCAUUCGGUAUCUGAGCCCUCGGGCCCGCAAGUGCAACAUGCACUGUGAUUCAGGCCCUAACAACUUUGAACAGGACUUGGUGAUGAUAGCAACAGUGCAGCCUACUGGAGGAGCACUGAAGAAUGCCAUCUCGCGUAUAAGCACUGAGUACCGUUUGCAGUUCGCGUGGCCCAAGGGCUCCAAGGAACAAGUGGAGGACAAGGCUGCUGCAGGGGCAGGUCCACCUCGCAAGUCUUUGUCGAUGGGAGCUAUCAAACCUACCAGCAACAUCAUGCCUCUCAACACUGCCAUAGCUGCUGUACACAAGAAGAGAAUCACCGACGCUGAUCGAAAAUAUGGGGCUGAGCUGGAGCCACUAGUGGGCUGGGGAGCAGACUCUCAAGAUGAUGGAUUUACUCAGGAUGAUGGUGGAGAAGAGAAGAUUCAAGAGGAAUCUCUUAGCAAAGAAGAGAAAUCUCAGCCUAAGCUAAGUCGAGCUGAGUUCCACAGUGAGUACAAGAAGAAUUUCCGCCCAUUCUCGCAGUAUGACUAUGUGGAGGGCAAGUUCAAGGCCAAGAAAGAACCUGAGCCAGUGCUAGUCCAUGAGUUGGCACAUGGAGAUUCAUGGUAUCGGGAGGUCCUGGAGCUGCGCAAGAAAGCUGGGGAAUACAAACACAGAGGUUGGGGCACUGAGCUGGUGCCUCAGCAUAUAGCUGAACUAUACAACAAACAGAUGACUCUGUGGGAACAGGUGUCCCGACGCAGCUCUCUGUCAGCCCUCAGUCUGGCCUCUACUACACCUAGAUCUAUUAGUAAGGAAGAAAAAGAAAAAGAAAACAACAAGAAAAGCUCUCCGACAAAGCCCCCUUGGUCCCGUCAAAGUCCCAGCAGGCAUGUCAGUCCUCAGAAAAAAGUUGAGAAAAUGGAUGACAACAAGAAGGAAAGUGCAAGGUCUAGGAAGGAAGCUGUGAUUCGACACCAUCUUGAGAGAACCACAGGUGCAGUUGACGGAGCUUUGUUGCACUCUCCGACUCGCGAGAAACUAGAACCUGUUUUACCUCGUCGCAAAGAAGAUAAUUCUGAGCAAGUUAGCAAGAGUACGCAAAAACCAAGUCACUCUACCGGUACGUCAGGGAGGUCCCAUUCUGUUGGGCCGAAUACAACGUACUCAAGUGAGAACCGGUCUCCCAAGCGAAGUAUGAGGAGUGGCACUGCAGCUGCAAGCAGCAAGACACAGGCUAACGGUCCCAUCCCUGCAGAGAAGCGCAACAGACCCACAACCUUAUCCACCACUGCUCCCUCUCGAACUAAAAGUAACUCAGGUAGCCGAAGAACUCCCAAAGAGGUGGCCAUGAAGCCUGACGACAAAACCAAAGAAAACGCUGGUGAAACAGAGAAUGUAGAUGGUGUGACCGAGCCAGAAGAGCCUACCGAGCCAGAACCAGUUAUUGAUGUUGAACCGGUUGUUAAGUCUCCGCCCGAACCGACCAGAGUCAAGUCACCAGAGCAGAUCCUCAUGCGUUCUCCCGAGCCAGUCAACUGGACAGUUCCUCUUGACACAGGAAAAACAUUUACUGUCACACAAAAUGUUCAUGAAGCCUUACCUUAUGUGAAGUUUUGUCGAGGAGACCUGAUAACAAGGCCCCACAGUGAAGCGAAAGCCUGGACCCCUCCAGCAGCACCCCCUGCAGCCCCCCAGUCUGCCCCUCCACAGCUCCCUGAGUCUGAAGGAUGACCACAGAAAAUCGAAGGUUGGAAAUCCCCCGAACCACACCCUGAAGACAUCUUGAAUGGAAAGACGGACACAGACAGCAGCUUAAGGCCUAGCGUGAACGGAGAUGGACAGUCGCAGUCCGGUUCAGGCAGCGGCGGGGUCUCCUACACCCCCACUCCUCCCACCCUCAUCUCCCCCACCUCCGGCAAGUCAUCAGUCUCCGAUGUCAUGGACAUGGCUCGCUCCAGGUUUGAAAAGUUUUGGGGGGGUAAGCAAGAACCGGCAGAAAAAGAAGGAAUGGUAUAGGAAAACAUACGAACUUAUAGAUUAUCAACAAAUUAUCAAUUCUGAUCAUUUAUUUAUUAUGUUGUGAUUGAUCCGUUCAUUGUGUUUUCAAAAAACUUUGGCUCACUUUGAAUUUAUUUCCUACAAUAAUUAAACAUUCUUAUAUGAUUAUCUUAAACGUAAUUUACCAGUUUUGAUUGAACAACCAUAGCAGUUUUAAAAGUUUGUUACUUUGGUUUAGUUUGAUUGUUUUAAAAAACAAAAAUCACAAGAAAAUAAAAAGCAAAAUAUUUGUUUGAGAAGGAGCACUAUAAAAUGAGUAAACAUAAGUUUUAAUUUUUAAAACCUAUUUUCCAUAUAAUGUUUUGAGAAAUGUAGUUUUGUGCUCUCAUGAAGAGCACAUUCCUCGUCUACAAAUGCUAAAAGAAGAAAAUAGAGUAAAACUUAGUAAAAAAUCAACAAAAUGUAUUAACACAUGAAAAAUGUAUUAACACAUGCAAAAUGUAUUAACACAUGCAAAAUGUAUUAAAAUAUAAAUAAGUUUUUUAAAUUAAUAUUAUUGUUAUGUAGAUCACACCAUACAUAUACUAACAUUACAACAGGUUCCUAAGAGUAUUGAGCUACAGUGAUUUUUAUGAUUGUAUAACAAAAAUAAAAUGUUCCUCUAUUCCUAAAAAUAUAAAUAAGUCAAUCCAUGUAGUACUUUUUACGAUUUUAAAUAUAACAAAUGUUAAUAAAGAGCCGAAUAAUAUGAUUUUAGUUGGCAGAUUCUUUGAAUGAUUAUGAAAUGGUUUAGAGAAAAUAAGGUACAUAUGUAUGUGAGGUCGAGUACAAUAAUUAUUUUUAUGCUUUUGGCUAUUCCAUAAAAUUUUACAUAUUAUGACUGUGUCAAAUAUUGGAUCCCCUAACCUCAUCAACUUUCUUAGGCAUAGAGUUAAAAACAAAUGUUUUCAUUUUCAGUAACCAACCAACAAAAACCUUUGAUUUUACUUUAUAUUAAUUUAGUAAUAAAUCUAAAAUAACUUUUUGUUGGGUUUCUUUUUUAAUGUUAUCUUAUUCUUGAAUAUCUAUAUGUCCUUAUGUCUCAUUUAUCUAGUUUUCAAUGUUAUUUAAUCUGACUUAAAAUAAGAUGUAAAAAAAUUAAGUGAGAAAUGAUGACAUUAUUUUGCAGGGAAGCCAUUUUUAUCUUUCAUCCAAGAGAGUUUUCGUAAAUAUGAAAAAUUCCAUAGAGAAUAUCCUCAAGGAAGGUAUGUGCUGCACAUACAAGAGUUAAAAGUUUACCGCUCUGUAUCAGUAAUGGAGAAGUGUUUGGUUAAGGUGUUAAAUAAUUGCUCUUGAUUAGUUUUGGAAAUACUCAAAGGUUUUAAAUGUUUGCAAUAGACAUUUUUUGUUAGUUUUAGUUUAAGUAAGUCAUGAUGAAUAUUCAUGUCUUACAGAUUCACUGGCAUGUAAAACUUUACCAGUAUAUUGAAAAUCAAAACAUGGUUUUCAGAAUCAGAAUCGUGUACUAUCAUUCAACAUUAUGCAAUGUGAUAGAUAAAAGUCAAUCAAAAUGUCCAAGAUGACCUGUGUAAAGUAUACUUUCAAUUUUGAAGGUAAAAACAGUUUUGAAGAUCCCAGUUUUCACUAUGGGAAUUUUAUUGUACAGUUUAGAUCUACUUAAGUAAAUCUGUAUUUUGAGUACGAGUAUUUGAAUCUUUAUUUUCUUGAUAAAAAUCAAAACUAAAAAUAUUUUUAAUUCUCUCACUAAUUACAAUUUGAGCCAAGUUUUUUGACAAAAUUUCUGUUGUAACCUGCUUUGGAUAUAUAAGCUGUAGUCGUAUCAUAUGUGUCCAUACCAGAUACGUAUUUGUCCUUUCUGAAGAAGCUUGCCUCUCUUUUUUUGUGCUUUGUGCUUUCUGCUUGUAUAAUUUUUGUAUGAGAAUAGAAACUAUUUUAUUAAAAGUUAAAUAACUAAUAUUACCGUUAUGAAUAAGUUUUGAUGUGUAAAACUCAAAGAAAUUUGAAAAUUCUCAAGUAGUUUUUUUGGAAUAAAUAUAUAACUAAAACAUAUUAAUUGAAUUUGUAAGAGGCUUUAAAAGGAAAGGGAAGUCAAUGGAGUGUUUAUAACCGUUACUCAGAAUCAGAGAAAAUAUUUAAUAUACAAAUGGAAUGUUGUUUUUAACAUGUAGUCUAUUUAGCCAAUAAUUUAAAAUUUGUUUUCGGAUUAAGUAUAUUUUGCAUAUUGUUGCCUACAAUAUGUACGAUAGUUCCCUAUAUAGUUACGUUCAAGUGUGCCUGAGAAGGAGAAAGCCAGCAGGGUUGUACUAGACUAUUAAAAGUUUCUUAAUGUUUGAAUCGAUCAUUUUAUGAUAAGACUGUACCAUUUUUAUAGAACAUUAAAUUUUACUGUAGGUAUUAAAAUACAAUGGGUUAUAUUGUUUUGUUAGAACCCUGAUGUGUCCUACUGUUACUGUACCUAUGUUGCUACUGAUAGACAAUAUGCUUUAAAAUGUUGUCAAAUGUUGGAGUGAAAACCGACACCAGCUACCGGUGGAACUGAAAUUAUGUGUUAUCCAUGUUGAUUGUCUUUUGGAAGUUAAGUGUCAUAACAGCUUAUAGAUACAAAAGUUGUCCUAUUUUGUUAAUAUACAAUUCUUAAUAAACAUAAACCGUAUUACAUAAAUUAUAUGUCAUAAGUAUUCGAUCAUGGUAACAAGUUAUAUUUGCAAAUGUUAAUUAAAUAGAAAGUUCUAUUUAUUUGUGUAGAACUAUAUAAAGUCUUUUAGUUAAUUGAAAACCAAUAAAAAAUUAACUCCAAAAUGCUAAA